AAGCACGCGAUGCACCCGUUCUUUGCUUAUUAUUUUGCCGUGGUGAUCAUUUCGGAGGCAGCAUGGUUUGUGCUGGUAGCAUGACAGUAUGUUAUGAGGCAUGGAUGGGGAUGGAGAUGCUGCUGGCGCUUUUGGGUUCGAUAUGGGCUAAUACAUAUACUAUUAGGAAUACCCCCCUCCUGGUCGUCAUCAGCAGCAGCAUUGUCGUCGUCAUUAACGCUGUCUUUCUUUUUUGCUGUCAGCAGUUGCUCCCGUAAUAAGCUAGAUUGUGCAAAUGGCUAUAUAAUGAUCUCAACAAGGCUGAUCUGGGCAGGGAGCUAGGAGAAGAAAGUGGGAUAUCCCUCCGGGUGGGUGGUGUUCGGAAUG